AUGUGUGGCGGCUUUAUUCGAGUACACAGAAAUGACAAAUACGGUCGUUCGGGCAGAAUCAGACUCGUCCAUCAAUCUGCAAAGGGAUAUCUCAUAACCAUCGCCGAUACCGACUUGAAAGAGUUCUGGUUCACAGAAGAAUUUGCACACUUCGACAUUGCGAGUAGAUGUCUCGAGGGUCUCAAGUCGACCCCGGAAUUGGAAUAUACAACUGCAAAUAUCCUAUCGGACUCGCCGAAAUGGACGAGUAGUUUGUAUCUAACUAGAUUUCCAAGAAGAGAUCCGAGGAAAUUUUCACCAACAAUCCAGAAUCUUCGUCCCGAGCAGGUCGAGCUGGUAUGCUACACAUUUAUGUACUGGUAUAGACAUGCCCGCAAUUGCGGUAAACAUGGCAGAGCAAUGUUCAGGCAUAACUCGGCGUUCUUUGCCGCUGAUGACUCUGCACUGGGUCUAUUUUGGCGCUUUAUAGGGUUCGACUACAGCCCCUCAAAGGACCUAGAGGGUUCUGGACCGAAGCCAAAAAUCCAAAAUCGAACAUGGGAAAUACACGUUGCCUCCGUGGUUGGGAAUAUUCCUUGGCUCAUGAGCAUCAUUGAGGAGAGCUCAGACCCUUCCCAGCUUGUGAACAGCGUGGACUACUUCAAUAUGACACCCCUGCAAUAUGCCGCAACAUAUGCAAAGUCAGAAGUAGUCGACAUUCUCAGACAUUAUGCCACCGACAGAGCACAGUAUGCACGAGCCAUAUGGAUUGCUACUACCAUAGGGCAUAAGUAUACCUCUCAUGUGCUGAUCGAGCAUGUUGGCAGCCUUGACGGAUUCGAUACCCACGUUGAAACCGAUGAAGAUCUAAUAGCGCGACUAUCAUGGUUCGAAGGCGAGUUAAAGAAGGAUGCGGAGGCAAAUUCUCUUCUCGAAACCAUUGGAAAACACUAUUUCAAGCUUGUGCAAGCACUGUUGGGCGAGUAA